UUAUAGAGAGUAUGGAGGUGUCUAAGCCUAAAUUAAGGAUGAUUGUUAAUUGUCACGGAAUCAUCCUUUCCGCUCUUGGUUGUGCGGUUUGAAGUGACUGUUCGUUCUAACAUGACGGCGAGCUCUCCGACGCGCUUUGUUACGGACACACUGCCCACAGAUCAUCAGAGGGUCACCGUUCUUCAGAGCAAAAAUGGUACUUUUAUGCCUUCAGUAGCCAAUGGAUACAUUGGAACGGUGAUCUACAGUGACACGGUACAUGUUUCUGGGGUAUUCAAUGGUAAAGCUUAUCCGAAGGAGAAGGAUGUUUAUCCACUGUAUUUCUACCAACACGCUCACCGCGCUCGUAUUCCUUCCACUACUUCUAUCGACUUUACCGUCGAAGGAGUUCAAGGUAAAACUUCGUACGCCCUAGAUGUGCUUGAAGGCGUGUUUUACAAAUGGUUAACAGCCGAUCGUUUGUAUGUGGAACAGAGAAUCUACGCGCAUCGAUCCCGGAAGAAUUUAUUGAUCGUCGAGAUAUCUACAAAGAACAAUGCUGGUAGAGAGUUCAUGAUGAGCCUAUCUUCAAAUCAAGGGGCUUCUUCAGUUGAUAUCGGGUUUAAAACGGCUGGUUCAAAUAGACCUGGAGCUCUGGCAGCAGUUGGAAUGGUCAACGAGACAGAGGAGGCAGGGAGCAUGCGGGCUAAUUUAGCAAUGGUUUGGAGUGAACUUGAAGUUAACAAACCACUGACCAUAAAAGCCACUUCGGAGGAGCAGACCUGGUACUACAUCACCUCAAUAGCCACAAACCUAGACACCAAGUUCAACCCGCUUUCUGAAGCCCUCUUUCAGUGGGACGAAGCUGUGCUAGUCAAAGAGCAUUUACUAGAAGAACACAAAGCUGCCUGGAAAGCAUUGUGGGAUACUGGUCGGAUUGAAAUUGAGGGGGAUCUAGAAAUGGCGCAGGCUGUGUACGGCAGUUUGUAUUACAUUUUGAGCUCCACGCGACACGACUGGCCGUACGGGUUGAGUCCCGGCGGACUUCCGGCUGCAGAGGAGUAUAUGGGACAUACAUUCUGGGAUCAGGACAUAUGGAUGUACCCCCCUCUAGUGCUGCUGCACCCAGAUUUGGCUAGGAGUUCUCUGAGAUAUCGAAGUGAACGGUUACCCGCAGCCCGCAGAAUCGCCAAGGAGUUUGGAUACAAAGGCGCAAUGUUUCCUUGGGAAAGUUCUUACACAGGCCUGGAGACUUCCCCUGGGGCUAGGUACGGCAAAAACCAGAUUCAUAUCAAUGGCGACAUUGCUUUUGCUGUCAUUCAGUUUUGGAGGGCGAGUAAAGACGUGAACUGGUUGCGGCAGGUUGGCUAUCCACUUCUUUACCAGACGGCGGAGUACUGGGCUAGUAGAGUAGAAAAUGACGUUGUCAACGACAGAUAUAUCAUUAAUCACGUGAUGCCACCGGAUGAAUAUCACUACCCUGUCAAUAACUCUGUCUACACUAAUGUAGUGGCGAAAAUUAACCUUUUGUUUGCUAAAGAAGCCGCUGACAUCUUGGGGAAAGAAGUUCCGAAAGAGUGGCUGACGAUUGCUGAAAAGAUGUACAUUCCUUUUGAUAGUGAAAAUAGUUACCACCCAGAAUAUGAAGGGUACACCUUGGACAAAGAAGUGAAACAGGCUGACACGAUCCUGAUUGGUUAUCCACUGAUGUACGAAAUGGACAGAAAGGUUCGAUAUAACGACCUUAAACUUUAUGAAGAACGCACUGAUCCCGAUGGACCGGCCAUGACACAUUCCAUGUUUGCCAUUGGCUGGCUAGAUCUGGGAGAAAAUACGAAAGCUGUGAAACCUUUCCUAAAGAAUUACGCCAAUAUCCGAGGACCAUUUAAGGUGUGGACUGAGCGUCGCGACAUCUGGGGCGCUGUCAAUUUCAUUACUGGAGCUGGUGGUUUUUUACAGACUAUAAUAUAUGGUUAUGGAGGAUUCCGGCUGAAAAGCUCUGGAUUGGCGUUCAAUCCUUCUUUGCCCCCAAACGUCACAAAGAUGACAACCACCGUGCAUUAUCUGGGAAGUGUUAUGGAUGUUGCAGUAACUGAAGAAGCAAUAACAUUUACACUACUCUUCUCAGGUCCAGUUUCUCCUGGCCUUGAUGUCAUAACAUUAAAAGGUGUAUUUAGCCUCGAGCGAGAUUUUCCAGUCACAGUGGACAGAGCCAAGGGUAUUAUUAGCGUUCGACAGGCAAAGCCAUGCACACAGUUCAAAAAACCUCUCUAACCCAGUCACAAAUAUUGUGUGAUGGAUGAAGGAAGUAGCAGACAAGGACGAAGGAAAGCUGAGAGUUCUACCGAAGAGUGUGUAAUGGUUAGGGUUCCCUAACCUCUUAGACUUUUCGCGAACGCUUAUCGCACUUUUAAAGACUCCAAGCGGUCCUUAGCAGUGGUGGAUCCAGACC